AUGUCUACAACGAACCGCGAGAACCAUGAACAUGGCAAGACCAGCGCAGCGGCCGAGGAACUGAAGCAGAAGCUGGGCCUGCACAGCGUACCCGCCUUCGCCCAAGAUCACCUCGUCGAUGCCGAGCAGACGCUCCAGCCAGUGUCUGCCCAGGCAGAUGGCAUCGGCAAAGGGCCUCAGGUCCUUAGCACCUCGGACAAGGUGGAAACGCUCUCAGGGCCGCUCUUGAACUUCAAGCACAUGUCCCAGCAGUUCAGCGAGCGCCCAAUCUGGCACGGUAGCGUCCUGAUCGUCACAACGCCAGGUCAAAAGCCUGGUCAGCUGUCACUGCGUUCGUUGGGGCCAGUUGGCGGCAAUGCUGCUCGUGCUUCCGAGACGCGCACUUUCACAGCCGAAAAACUGUACGAGGAUCCGCGAAAGGGCUUCUGGAGGUUCUCGAUCGACGCUCCAUUUGAAGAGCAGGAGACAACGUGGGAGUAUAUAAUCCCACAAAUGAUUUCGGCCGAGAGCAAGCAGCCGAUCGACACUCCAAAGCGAUUCGUUAUUCCGUCAAGGCAUGAGAGCAUGCGUAUCAUGUUCCACUCUUGCAAUGGCUUCAGUGUGGGGACAGACAUGGAACAGUGGACUGGUCCAACCUUGUGGAAUGAUGUGUUGCGCGUACACAAGGAGCAACCUAUUCAUGUGAUGGUCGGUGGUGGAGACCAGAUCUACAACGACAGUGUGCGUGUGGAUGGUCCUCUCAAGCCCUGGACGGACAUUGCCAACCCAAAGAAACGAAGGGACUUCCCUUUCAACGAGGAAAUGCGAGCAAAGUGCGACGCCUACUACUUCGACAACUACGUCAGAUGGUAUAACACUGAGCCUUUCCGAACUGCUAAUGCGCAGAUUCCUCAGAUCAACAUUUGGGAUGACCAUGACAUUAUCGACGGGUUUGGAUCCUAUACCGACCACUUCAUGAAGUGCUCGGUCUUUCGUGGCAUUGGAGGUGUUGCGCAUAAGUACUACCUGCUCUUCCAACAUCACAUUCCGCCACCUCCAUCCACGUACACGACAGAUGCGCCGCAGACAACCAAGACGACCGGCAAGACGACUGCGGUCGACUCUAUACAGAUGAAGGACACUUACGUGAGGCUCCCGAAGACCGAGGACCCAAGCUUUAUCGUUGGAAACAAGCCUGGUCCCUACGUUGAGGAACGGAGCCGUAACCUCUACUGCCAGCUUGGAAAGCGCAUUGCUCUCGUCGGAAUAGAUGCUCGAACGGAGAGGACCAGACAUCAGGUCAACUACCCUGAGACCUACGAUCUCAUCUUCCACCGUACCAGCGAGGAGCUUGCAAAGUCGAGCGGCUCCAUCAAGCAUUUGAUUCUUCUGCUAGGAGUACCAAUUGCAUACCCGCGUCUGCAAUGGCUGGAGAACAUCUUGUCUAGUCCAAUCAUUGGACCCAUAAAGUUCUUGAACAAAAGGUUUGGCAUUGCUGGAGGAGUGUUCAACCAGUUCGAUGGUGGUGUUGAUUUGCUUGACGAUCUCGACGACCACUACACGGCCCACCAGCACAAGAAGGAGCGCAAGAACCUCGUCUUACGACUCCAAGAGGUCGCAAAGAAGCACAAUGUACGCGUUUCCAUCCUUGGUGGUGACGUGCAUCUUUCUGCUCUUGGCCGGUUUUACAGCAAGCCCGAGCUCAAGAUCCCCGCCGAAAGAGAUUGGAGGUACAUGCCCAACAUCAUCAGCUCUGCCAUCACCAAUAAGCCGCCUCCUCAGGCUGUUGCGAACUUGCUUGCACGAAGGAACAAGAUCCAUCACCUGGACCACGAGACUGACGAGACGCUCCUCGAGCUAUUUGACAAGAACCCGGGUGAGGGCCGGGAAGGCGUCAAGCCAAAGACCGCAGCGAACAAUCACGCUACCAUGCCUAGUCGCAACUAUGCGCUGAUCACAGAGUCCCACUCGCACACGAAUGCUCAAGCAAACGGCGUAACGACCAACGGUGUUAAUGGGGCCGUGAACGGCGAGGCUGCUGCUGCGAACACCAAUGGUGACACUGCAGGCAACAGCGAUUUCCAGACACCCAAGAACCCUCGCGAACCUCUCCACAAGGGCGAGGAACACGCGGGUACACAGCAUGCAGCCGCCAGCGGAAUCAAGAAGACAGGUCUCGCAGGCGUCGAUGGCCUCGACGUCACCAUCCGAGUCGAGAUCCAGUCAGGUGAUCCAUCUGGGGAGACGGAAGGCUAUGGAUUCAGCAUUCCCGCGCUUGAAGCUGGUGCGUACAAAGGGCAAGGAGAGAAGUGGUAG